GGAGGUUCGCGAAGCAUCGCAGAAGGCCACGGGGACGUUGAGGGGCAGGUACUCCCCCAAUGACGAUACUAUUCACAGUCGUUCGCGGACUAUCGGUGACUUGGAAGUUGGAAGUUGGAAACCGGGCGAUCGGGCCACGUUAAAUCUGAUCACCAGUGAUCAAGAUGCAGCGAUCGUGGUUGUGGUUGGCAAAUUUGCUGACCGUAUGCUCUCUCGUACUGGCGAGUCCCAGUGGUAUGCCCCGUAUGACGAGGACCACUGGAUCCGAAGAGGCGAACGGGCAGCAAAAACCGCACAUAAUUAUCAUCCUCGCCGAUGAUUUGGGAUGGAACGACGUGAGUUUUCACGGUUCGAAUGAAAUCCCGACCCCAAACAUCGACGCCUUGGCUUACAACGGCGUUAUUCUGAAUAGCCAUUACGUACCAGCACUCUGUACGCCCAGCAGAUCCGCUCUAAUGACUGGGAAAUAUCCGUUUCACAACGGAAUGCAACAUUCCGUUCUACUCGAGGGCGAACCUCGAGGUUUGCCGCUUCAGGAAAAGCUUCUACCGGAGUACCUGAGAGAGGCAGGGUAUAAAACCCAUGCGGUGGGAAAGUGGCAUUUGGGCUAUCAUCGGGUGGAUUACACUCCAACUCGUCGAGGCUUCGACUCUCACUUCGGGUAUUGGAACGGGCUUCAGGAUUAUUGGAGCCACGAAGUCCAGACCACGUACGGGACGUGGCGAGGGUUUGACAUGCGGAGAAAUCUCACAGUCGCAUGGGACACCGCUGGAAAAUACUCUACCGACCUUUUCACCGACGAGGCGGUCAAUCUGAUCGAAAACCACAACUCCGAUGACCCCAUGUUUUUGUACAUGGCGCACCUGGCACCGCACACCGGACUUCAGGAUGCUCCUUUCCAGGCCCCGGAUGAAGAGAUAGCGAAAUUCACCCAUAUCGCAGACCCGGAAAGACGCAUAUACGCCGCGAUGGUGUCCAAGCUGGAUCAUAGUGUUGGUGAAGUUAUGGCUGCUCUGAGGCGACGAAAUAUGUUGGAAAAUAGCAUCGUCCUUUUCAUGACGGACAACGGUGCCCCGACACUGGGAAUCCACAGCAACAGAGGAAGCAACUAUCCCAUGCGGGGGAUAAAGGCCACAGCUUGGGAGGGAGGAGUUCGUGGGGUAGCGGCGAUUUGGAGUCCAUUGAUCGAAAAAUCCAACAGGGUCUCUAAUCAGCUCAUGUACAUGACCGAUUGGCUGCCCACCUUGUACGCGGCUGCGGGAUUGAACGUCAACGACCUUGGCAGCAUCGACGGUGUCAACAUGUGGCCCGCCUUGCGGAACAACAAGACGAGCCCACGUUCUGACCUAGUGGUAAACAUUGACGACAUAUUCAAUUACGCGGCUAUUCGAAAAGGAGACUUCAAGUACGUGAUCGGCACUGUGGGGAGGGGAGACGAUUGGUAUGGUGAAAAUGGAAGGCCGGGUCUCGCAAGAAAUGAUCGUACCUUGCCGAAUUACGACCCGAGUAGUAUACUUGAAAGUAGGGCCGGAGUUGCACUAGCCGGGGUGAUAACAGCCAGGCAAGUUGCGGAGUUAAAAAAAGUUAGGAACGGCCAAACGGAUGCCCCACAAAUUACCACCAGGUUGGUGACCGCUGCGGACGUACAAUCACUGCGAAAUGACGCACUGCUCGAAUGCAAUGUCAAGGAAGAAGACAAGGUCCCAUGCAAUGCCUUGGAAUCUCCUUGCCUGUUCAAUUUAAAAGACGAUCCUUGCGAGUUGGUGAAUUUGGCUAAGACGCGACCUUUAAUCUUGGCGACUCUGGAAGAAGCUCUGAUGAAGUACCGUCUCACUGCAAUUCCAGCGACUAACGUUGACGCAGAUCCUAGGGCCAAUCCUGUGCACUGGAACAAUACUUGGGUGAAUUGGGACGAGCUUCAUCCGAUGAAAUUAAUAUCAGAAGGCGAUCCGGCAAGCCCUAAAAAAUUAUCUGGACCGGCGAUUGCGGUAAUAGCCGUUAUUCUAGCCCUGUCCGUGGUAGCGAUACUCACGCUAUUCGGAUUCAGAAAAUGUCAGAAGAAUAAUCCCCCAGCGGAUAAUCACCCCGAGCUCGGCGCGUUGAAAGGGGUACCGGAGAGCAUUGGGGAGGCAAAUGAUUGUACGAUCGAAGAACCGCAGUCUUCUGAAUUAUCGCGAAGUCUUCAUAGUUUGAAAGAACUGUCCUCUCUCAAGGAUCUAUCAAAGAAUAUCGAUUGACGGGGAGGGGAGAGGUGUGCGAGAUACGGCCCCAUUCUUACCAGCGUUUUAAUCACCUACGUCCGCAGCGAGAGCGUCAAACGCUGAUCUCCGUUCCCCAUUUCGAUUUCGAAAGCCCAGAGCGCCGGGUUGAGAUUGGGAACGGAGAGGAAACAAUUACCGCUGUACGAGUAGAUUUAAAACCGUUCCGCACACCUCAUCCUGCAUCACCUUGGUAUAGCGAUUUUAUACCAUCCGUGACUGCACCGCUCAUCUAUUGCGGCAAAAAUUGAAUAACUGUAAUUGAGAAGCCAAACUUGCCUGGCCAAGUUAUCGUUGCUUCUCAAUACCGGCAUUGCUCCGUCACAAAACUACCAAGAUAACGUACGUGCUUUAAUUUGUGAACACGUACAAGAAUAAAAAGGUUGUGAAAAAACACUCUGUUGAUGGGUGCUACAGAAUAAAGUUUUAAUACCAAGCUGUAAAUUAACGCUUAUCUUCAAUAAAUUCAAAAAUAUGGUUAUUAUGAUGUACAAAACUGAAAUUUCACUUAUCUGUAAAUUUUACGUGAUAUACGAUAAAACCAACGUAUUUUAUAAUACGUAUGUAUCUAUCUAUGUACAAUUAGUUGAAUAAAUAGAACAACUCUCAGAUU